GUGUAUGGCAUCAUUCUGAUAUCGUCUGUUUAACGUUCAACUCGCAACGAAAACAUAUAGUAAUCAAAAAUGGCUCCAGGAGGAAAAUCCGCUGGCAAAGCAAUGAAGAAGUCCGGCAAGGCGCAAAAGAACAUCACCAAAUCCGACAAGAAGCGCAAGCCCAAGAGGAAAGAAUCGUACGCCAUCUACAUCUACAAAGUGUUGAAACAAGUACAUCCCGACACCGGAGUUUCCUCAAAGGCCAUGAGCAUCAUGAACAGUUUCGUCAACGAUCUGUUCGAACGCAUCGCCGCCGAAUCCAGUCGUCUUGCCCACUACAACAAGCGCUCGACCAUCACAAGUCGGGAAAUCCAAACCGCCGUCCGUCUCUUGUUGCCCGGUGAAUUGGCCAAGCACGCCGUCAGUGAAGGUACAAAAGCCGUGACCAAAUACACCAGUUCCAAAUAAUUCCUCCUCGCCUAUCGGCUUAACAUUUAAAACGGCCCUUUUCAGGGCCACUACAUACUUCAAUACUAAAUUAUUAAUUAAAAAGUCGUCGAUGUCCAGUAAAAUAAUGUUUAUUAUUAUAGAGCAAAAUAAAAAUGUAUUAAUUUUA